AUGUCUUUCGGCAGUCUUGAUGGCGCGCAGCCUGCGAAUCCCCUGGGAUUCAUGAAGCGGCUGAGCCCGACGGUAACCUACUAUGAGCCGACGACAACCACAAUCGGGUCCGGGAGUGGCAACGCGCGAGCUGAACCGGAGCUCAUCUUGAUGUCGACGUGGAUGGGUGCGAGAGAAAAUCAUAUUGCGAAAUAUGUUCAAGGAUAUCGCGUCAUUUUCCCGACUUCACGGAUUCUCGUCGCACAGUGUCCAUUUACUCACGUCGUGAUGCCCUUCUUGGCGUGGACGCAAAUCCGCCCGGCAGUACCCAUCUUGAAGGAGGUCGUCGACGCCGAAUCCAGAGAGUGGCUCAAGAAAGAUGACAGCAGCGUCUUGACUGGGAAAUCCACGACACCGCGAGUGCUCAUCCAUGCCUUCUCCAACGGAGGCAUCAGCACCACCCUGUUCCUCUACAACGCCCUCAAGCGUUCGCUUGGCGGGAGUUUCGUUCUGCCGCAACACGUCUUCAUCUUCGACUCCUGCCCUGGGACCUUUAAGUGGCGCAACACGGCCAGGGCCAUCAUGCAGAUUCUGCCGCGUUGGUCCUCGCCCGCGGUUCAUGCCCUGCUCUUCUGCGUUUGGCUCUUCUAUCGCGUUGUUCCGGUGCUUCAGCCGAGACAAAACGUCAAUUCGCGAACGAUACGAAAUCCCCGAUUCCAAGAAUUCGAAGUCCGCCGUACGUACCUGUAUGGAACCGCGGAUAAGAUGAUUCCGCCGACCGAUGUCGAAUACGAGGCGGGCCUGGCUGCCGAGGCCGGAUUCCACGUGCGCUUGGAGCGCUUCGAGGACGCCACGCAUGUUGCCAUCCCCAUGUCCCACCCAGAGCGAUACUGGCGCGUUGUCGAAGAGUCCUGGUACGGAGACGAGCUGGCUGCUAGGCUUGCCAUCGAGAGUCACGACGGGAGCCUUGCCAACAGAAAAGCGGACAUCAGCUCAGAGACGGUUAUCAACAACAUCAGUAUAGUAGAUGAUGAAAAGUCAAUUUCCGAGGAAGCUUAUAUCUUGGUGGGUGAUAUCAAGAGAAACGGACAUGAGACUCUCGAACCUGUUCAACAGACAACCCACGCUACAUCCGAGGAUGCACAAUCGACAUUGGGAAAUAUUUCAUCCAAGGCAAAAAAUAUCACUGAGCAAAGCCAUGUUGUCGCCGAGCAGGCUCAAUCCAAGACUGAAGAUAUCAUGGCUGACGCGCACGGCGCGGUCGAACAGGACAAAGCCGCCGUCAAACAACUCAAGGCCAACGCAGCUGGCGGCGCUAAAGAGGUUGAGAUCAAGGCCGGCCGAAAGAGCAUGACCAAGCUGUCCGACCCCGUUGCCCAAAUUUUGCAAGCAGCCACGGCCCGGACGGACAAAGAAGCCGAGAGGACCACAAAGGCAGCCGAGAAGUCUGUCGCCGCAUCAACCAAGCGUGCCGACAAGAAGCCCGAGGAGGUCACCGAGACCAAGGACAGAGUCACCGAGACCAAGGACAGAGUCACCGAGACCAAGGACAGACACGCCGAGCGUCCCCAGACGCCGGAAGCAAGCACGGCGCUCCAGGCUGCCCUCGCGGCCGCGUCCUCGUCGAGCCGCGAGGCGACAGAGGGAGGCAGCAGCCCCAAGAGAAACGGUGGCGCGCAUGAGCCGGCGGUGCCGGUCGGUGGCAAGGCGGGCAAGAGCACCAUAAAGUUGCCCGAGGCCAAGACUUCGCAAGCGGAGCUGCAAAAGAUGGACGAGUCGCCGGCAGCGGUCGGGCAGCCAGCAGUGCCAAGCGCAUGGGUCGAGGACAAGGCGAAAGCUGAGCGGCCAAAGGCAGAGCAGCCGAAGCCGACAACCGCCGCCUCCUCCGGCAGCAAGUCGAAAAAAUCAAAGAAGAACGGGAAGAAGUAA